AUGAUCAGUGUUUAUAAUUAUCAAAGGGAAGAAUCUUAUGCAAAUGGGGGUAGUUAUUGCAGUAUAACUUGCAAUUUUGAAGUUGAAGAUGUUUUGCUUGGGGAAGGGGGUGACUUGGCAAUGGCAGAACUCCGCCCUUGUCUGGUUACAGAGCAUUUUGGGGCUGAUUCUGUCUCGAUUGUAGAUAGAAAUUCUUCACAAGCUGUAUCACUGGCAGAAAAGGGAAUAACAAAUGAGGAUAGCAUGAAAGAAUAUGAAAAUCUAAAAUAUUCUUUGUUACUAUAUGAUGCUAUGCUCAUUUUUGCUGGCACCUCCAUUACCUCCAUCACUGGAGGUAAGAAUACAGGCUUAGCAUUUUUGACUGGAGGCAUUGGUGGCUUCCUGUACCUGCUGUUUUUGCAGAGGUCUGUGGACACAUUACCAGCUCCUGAAUCAAUGGGCAAGGGAAAUAACUUCAACAGGCUGUUUGGAGGAUUGAAAGGUCCAAUAUUAGUAUUUGCAUCUGCUUUUGCUAUUGCAAUUUUAGCAACAAAGCACGACAAACCAGACUUCAUAGCAGCACUGACUCCAAGAGAAAUUUUGGCUGGAAUGGUUGGUUUUCUUGCUUGUAAGGUUUCCGUAGUAUUGGCAGCUUUCAAACCUGUGUCGAUAAUGGGUGUGGAAGAUAAUGAUUGA